AUGCCUGGUAGCAUCCCCAAGGGGAAGGAGCUGACCUUCAGUGAGAGAGUCCAACUGAUCCACAAGAGUGAAGGGAAGACUCACCGUACCCUGGCACAAGAAUACAAGAUUGGCAGAACUCAGGUUGGCUGCAUCCCGAAGGGAAAAGCACCAGUUCAAGAACUCUGGCUGUACACAGAUCAAAAUCAUCAUCUUCGAGUGGUUCUCCAUGAUGCGGUCCCUCAACAUUCCAAUGUCUGGCCCAGUAAUCUAGACCAAGGCCCUGGGCAUUGCCAAAGCCCUGAACCAGUCUGUCUUCAAGGCAUCAGGAGGUUUGCUGUCCCAGUUUAAGAGCCG